CUGAGCGGUAAAUUAAGUACUUGGGGGGCAUUGGAUUUGCAGCAGUGCCUGCUGACUUGACAUAAGUGGACACCACAAUGUCUAUCCAUUCUUCUCUACACAUUCAAAAUAAUUCAGUUAGUUGCCACUGUAGCUGUACCAGUACAAGACCACACCACCACCAUUAAUGGUAUAACCAACUCUGUAUAUAAUCAAUUCAUCAUUAAAUUCAACAUAAAAGUAACUAAUGGAAACAGAUUACCAAAAUAAAUAAAAAAAAAAACAACUUAAAUGAUUAGUGUAGAGAGAUGAGCAAUUUCAACAAAACCAUUUGGAUUAUUCUUGGCUUUGUGUGCUCCUUUCAAUAUCUUUCCACUUAUGACUGAGAUCCCUCAAGGCUUCCAUGAUGUGAAAUCAACUGUCAUGGAUUUUCAGAACAUAACUAUCGGCCAAGAAUCAACGGCUGCAGUUAAAUUACAGAAAGUUUACAGAAGUUACCGCACUAGACGUCGGUUAGCAGACUCAGCUGUGGUUGCUGAAGAGUUAUGGUGGCAAGCUAUAAAUUAUGCAAGACUUAACUAUAGUACAGUUUCUUUUUUCGAUUACCAUAAAUCCGAAACGCCAGCCUCAAGAUGGAGUAGGAUUAGCUUGAUUGCUUCAAAGAUUGGGAAAGGAUUAUGUGAAGAUUCAAAGGCGCAAAAGUUAGCUUUUCAGCAUUGGAUUGAAGCUAUAGAUCCAAGGCAUCGGUAUGGUCACAAUCUAAAAUUUUACUAUGAAGAAUGGACUAGAAGAGAUGCAGGGCAACCAUUUUUCUACUGGUUGGAUGCUGGAGAUGGAUAUAAGAUUGAUCUAGAAGAUUGCCCAAGACCAAGGCUACGAGAAGAGUGCAUCAGAUAUCUUGGACCGCAAGAGAGAAAAGCCUACGAGUAUAUCAUUACUGAAGGAAAGAUAGUGCACAAGCUAACUGGAGAACUCCUUGAUACUAAGCAAGGCAAACAAAGUACAAAAUGGAUUUUUGUAAUGAGUACUGACAGAAAGCUUUAUGUUGGUGAGAAAAAGAAGGGAUUAUUUCAUCAUUCCAGCUUCCUUGCAGGAGCUGCCACCUUAUCUGCUGGAGGGCUCCUAGUAGAAUGGGGAAGAGUCAAGUCAGUAUCGGCUUACAGUGGACAUUACCGUCCCACUGACAUGAACCUUAGCAGCUUCCUCACAUUCCUUAAGGAGAAUGGAGUCAACCUUGAUGAAGUUCAGGUAAUGUCCACCAUUGAGGAUAAAAAGAACUAUGAUACAAGCGUGUCAGCUCGGCGAGGAUGUACAUUACAACAACACAUAAAAGAAAAACCAUCUGACUCUUGUAAAUCUGACAAUGCAAGCAGAGUUAGCAGUUUUACAAGAAUGUUAUCGAGUAGUCUCCAGAAUCCUCAAACACAGGUUCCUAAACAAGAAAUACUGGAGAGGAUCAAGUCCAGGAAAGAAGCACAAUCCUACCAAUUAGGAAAGCAACUGUCUUUGACAUGGUCAAGUGGAGCUGGCCCGAGAAUUGGGUGUGUGGCGGAUUAUCCUCGUAAGUUGAGGGUGCAAGCACUGGAGUUAUUGAACCUUUCACCAAUGCAGGCCCCUGCUGCAGCAUCAGCAUCUGAACCUUUGAAAGUUUCUUCAUCCAAAUCGUGUACAACUUGCUGUAUAAUGUGAGCUCAAAUUGUCGGAUUUGCACUCUUACAUUCAAGUUUCAACAACAUGGACUUCAAACACUUUCUAAGGUGUAACUUUCUUUCAUUUUCCUCACCAUCUUAAUCAUUUCUUCAAAAUUGUUAGCCAUAAGCAUUCAUACCGUUUGUCCACAUUUUUGUAGGAGAUAUGAAUAACCUCUAUCUACUUUAUAUAUUAAUAAAAAAGAAAAGAAAAAUACUAAUGUCUUCCCUGACAAUUUGCUUUUAAAAAAUGUUGAUUUAUUUCUCUACGUGUACUAGUACGACUUAUUUUUUGUAUUCACUUUGAAAAGUAUUGCAAAACUGUAUUGUUUUUCUAGAUAUUAGUUAAAUAUCGCUGAGACAUCAUUGAAGGACAUCUCAGUGUCGAUUUUUUCCGAUUUUUUCACUUUCAUUAGUUGCUGCUAUUCUCAACUCUCAAGGCUUUUUAAGAAGACAAACAAAUCCAAAACCCUUUUCAGGUGGACCACAAAUCAAUUCAACUAUUCUUUGGGUUUUCUUGAUUACACGGAGAAAAAUAACACAUUAAUUGAUUUUGAAAAACAAUCUGUCUUGUAAUUUCUGAUAAAUCAAUUUCACGAGAAAUCAGAUCCUUCUUUUAUCAUUUUCUCACCAACCAAAGGUGUACAACAGUUUCUAUAGAGAUAAAAACACAAGAAGCAAGAGAUGUCGUAGCCUGUAACAAACAAGUGAACACUGAAUAAUACAAAUUAAGAUAAGUCAAUACACUCAACAGGCCUAUGCAAAUGCAGUUGAGAUUUCAAGCAGCAGCAACAGUUUCUGCAGGCUUUGAUUCGGUUUCUGCUGGUUUAGCUUCCCCUUCUGCAGGCUUUGCUUCAGCCUCAGCUGGCUUUGCGGGUUCUGCCUCCUCCCAGUAGGCAGUCUUCUUUCCAGUUUUCGAAACAGUCUGAAAAACUGUCUCUGCUGGCACAUUGCCUUUCACUGUCACCUUCUGUUGAUCU